GCUCACAUUUCUCUUCUGGAAUUGCCUUUAAUAAGUUUCCACCAUUACUUCCAAAAGUGAAGAAGAUUUCCUAGCCCUGGCAGCGUCCAGGCUGAGUCGUCGCAAGAGGGUGAUUGGAGCGGCUAUAGGGGUGGCCAUGGUUCUCAUCUUGCUAAUAGCCAUUCCUUUGCUGGUAAGCAGCUCAAAGACAAGUACCCACUAUGAGAUGCUGGGCAGCUGCAGGAUGGUGUGUGACCCCUACACCCCCCAGACUGGAGCCUCGUCGGCCGAGUCCAGCCAAGAGUAUGCCCUAAUCUCACCCCCACCCCACCUGCAGGGGGCCAAGGCUGACCAGGGCAGGAAGGGAAAAUCGGGACUCAGAGGAUUACCAGGACCACCGGGUCCCAAAGGUCCUCCAGGGGAACCGGGCCGGCCAGGACCGCCUGGACCACCAGGUCCUGGACCCGGGGGAUAUGUGUCGUCCUACUACAGCCCUAAGAUCGCCUUCUAUGCUGGGCUGAAGAAACCGCACGAGGGCUACGAAGUGCUGCGCUUUGAUGAUGUGGUGACUAAUGUUGGUAACUACUAUGAGCCAUCCACCGGCAAGUUCACCUGUCCCCUACCUGGCAUCUACUUCUUCGCUUACCACGUGUUGAUGAGAGGUGGGGAUGGGACCAGCAUGUGGGCAGACCUGAUGAAAAACUCACAGGUUCGAGCUAGCGCCAUUGCUCAGGAUGCAGAUCAGAACUAUGACUACGCCAGUAACAGCGUCAUACUGCAUCUGGAUGUGGGGGACGAGGUAUAUGUAAAGCUGGAUGGAGGCAAAGUGCAUGGUGGAAACACUAAUAAAUACAGUACCUUCUCUGGUUUCAUCAUCUACCCUGACUGAAGAAUUAGACCUGCAAAGAAAAUUUUCAUGAACCCUUUCCUUGCCAGAACCUUUCAGAGCAUUGCUCCAGUAACCCUUAGCCUGCAAGACUGAUGUGUUACUCCAUGUUCCUUUCCCUAACUGUUAUCCUGCCACAUAUCUUAACCACUUUUCUGUUAGAGAUGGCUAGUACAUACAAUGAUGCUAGUUGAUCAUCUAGCAAAGGAGAGGUUAAACAACAAGUUUUUCUUCUUUUUGAUUUGAGCAAACACUAGAGCUUCCAUUGUAGGGAGCCAAAAAUGAGUUAUUUUUGAUCUGCAGAACCUUCUCAUACUUGCUGGUUAUCAGACAUUUAAUCUUGGAAAUCUUGGAUAACUUGAUGUUCCUUAAAUUUGGUAUCUUGGCAAAAGUCGGGGCAUGGAAGACUACACCUGGGGCAAAUACUACACAGGAGUAAGGUGAACCAUCUGUGUGCAUGUAUGUAAUUAAUGUGUCACCACUUGUCAGUAAGUGGAUGCAGAGGACAGUUUAAACAAAGUUGGCCUAUCUAUGGAUACAUCUUUUUUAACACUUGACUUGCAAUACAAAAUCUCUAAAGGAACACUGAAGUGUUUUAUGCUUUCAAACAUAUUGUUCCAGAAGUUUUCUCAAGGUUUCAAAAAAGGAACAAGAAUGACAUGAACUGUUCUGAGAAGCUUUGGGUGUUCUAAAAGGAACCCUAUAUAAUUAAUGUUAAAUGUUUAAAAGCUAUUAAUUCUACAGUUAUGUAAGUGGAUUGCUAUAGAUUAAUGAAGACAGCUGCAAUAUGAUCUUCAUUUCACAAGUCCAUCAGUACAACAUCUGCUAAAUCUCUGUUAUACCAGCCUGUCUCUCUUCUAUACAAGUUAUAUAAACCAAAGUCAAUGACCUCUGGUCUGCAUUGUACCAUGCAGUGGACAAUGGUUGAAGAAACCAAGAAUAUUGGACAA